AUGUUCUCUGAACUCGCCCCAAAGUCACUCGUUACGCAUCACGUCUAUUGCCCCGUGUCUCCGGAAGGAAUACGUUUCGCUCUUAAGUCUUUUCCAGAUGAUCUGGCAGACAGUCUCCUGGGUAUUCUACAACACAAUCUUCCACCGACCGAACGCAGUGGCUGUUCCUCCUCUUUCUGCCUCACGUCAGGAAAAUUGGCAGUUCUGCAGCGUCUUCUUGUCUCAAUUUCCCAAAUUCCCUCCGAUCCCCCCUCUCUGGGUGGCAGCCAUCGUCUUGUUCUCGUCUCCAAUUUCACACAAACGUUGGAUCUCCUGGAACCAAUUUGUCGUACCUUAACGAAGUCGCCUUGCCUACGCAUCGACGGAAAGACACCCACGAAGCGGAGGAUUGAGAUCGUAGAUCGGUUCAACUCGCCUACGUGUGUUGAAAGGGUCCUUUUGCUCAGCUCCAAGGCCGGUGGAACCGGGCUCAACUUGAUUGGUGCCAACUUUUUGGUGCUCUUUGAUAUUGACUGGAAUCCAGCUACUGAUGCUCAGGCUUUAGCCCGCGUCUGGCGCGAAGGUCAGAAACGUCGAGUCAACUUGAUUCGCCUAAUCACAGCUGGCAGUCUGGAGGAGCGCAUUUUGCAGCGUCAAAUUGCCAAGUCCUCAUUGGUCACCACUGCUAUGUCUUCUCUGUCCUCAACCGCGCCGAAUUCUCUCAGCCUCUGUGAGUUGAAGGAGCUCUUCCAAUCACCGCCCAGUGAUUCCGACUGUUGGACGCACGACCUCCUAGACUGUCAUUGUCAGAGUAUUUCCAACGAUGACGUCUGUAGCCCCCAACAGAUGUCUUCCUUGUGUGAUGAGGACGAUAUGCGAGCCUUUCAACUCGGCGGAUCGGGACAACGAACCAAAGCGCAGGAAGAGAUGGCGUCUGCGAGCAAAGGGCUCGGACAGAUCAAAGCAUGGAGACACUUCCUUAGCCCCGAAGCUGUUGCUGAGGCGGUGCCCAUGAUGGCAACAUCGAGCAAAUCAAAACCUAAGGGCAGGAGAUUUCACACCGCUAACUCUUCUACAUCCUCCAAAUUUAUAUACACGGGCCUUCUACUCGGUUCAACCCGGGAAAUGGGACUGUUGGCAAGCGCAGAAAAGGAAAUACUCUCCAGUCUGGCCACUUUUGACUCUCGAUUGGCCGUGGCACAUAGGGUCGUUGCAGAAGGCGAGAAUACGGUUAAGACCGGUACUAAGAAUUCGUCGCGAUUUGGAGAAGCCUGCAAUCACUGA